AUUCAAGCAGUGAAUUCCCUGCUGGUUUAUUUCGAGGAUUUUGCACAGAAUUAAUGAACAAAUAAUUAUAGGCCUAUGUGAUAACCGCGGGAAAAAGAACUGUACGUGGUUGUGGAUGUAACUGUUGCACUUUAAAUACAGACAUGAACCACUGAAGCUGAGACGGACAAGGACUGCAAUAAGCUCACGUGACGAGCUCUAUUCUCCCAUCACCAAAAGAUCUCAAUCAUGACACCCAAAUGGCUGGUUAUUUUCCUUUUUCUACAAUCUGGGACCGAAAAUGCAUUCCCUAUGGCCCCGACCAAGCUUCCCCCUGAGACAGGCACCUACAGGGUCACAGACACAAGCCUCACUCAUCUCACAGUGCACAGCCGGACGGGAGAGGUCUAUGUGGGAGCAGUGAACCGGGUCUAUAAGCUGUCUGCCAACCUAACAGAGCUGCGUUCACACAUGACUGGCCCCGUGGAUGACAACGCCAAAUGUUACCCCCCUCCCAGCGUCCGAGCUUGUGCGCAUAAACUGGAGUCCUCUGACAACGUCAACAAGUUGCUGCUGGUUGAUUACGCUGGCAACCGCCUGGUAGCAUGUGGAAGCAUCUGGCAGGGUGUGUGUCAGUUCCUGCGGCUGGAGGACCUCUUCAAGCUGGGAGAGCCCCACCACCGCAAGGAGCAUUACCUCUCUGGAGCCAGGGAGGCUGACGGCAUGGCAGGAGUGGUGGUUGACAGAACAGAAGGGAAGUGGAAAAAUGAGAAGAAGGGGGCUAGCCGGCUGUUUAUCGGGGCAGCCAUCGAUGGCAAGUCAGAGUAUUUCCCUACCUUGUCCAGCCGUAAACUGGUCGCUGAUGAAGAGAGUGUUAACAUGUUCAGUCUGGUCUACCAGGACGAGUUUGUGUCCUCACAAAUCAAGAUACCCUCCGACACUCUGUCCCUCUACCCGGCAUUUGACAUUUACUACGUGUAUGGAUUCUCCAGCCGUACUUACAUCUAUUUCCUGACGUUGCAGCUUGACACACAGCUCACCCAGAUGGAUGCCACCGGUGAAAAGUUCUUCACCUCCAAGAUAGUGCGGAUGUGUUCCAACGACACUGAGUUCUACUCUUACGUGGAGUUCCCCCUGGGUUGCACCAAGGAUGGGGUGGAGUACCGGCUGGUCCAGUCUGCAUACAAGCACCGUCCAGGUCGGAUGCUGGCCCAGGCCUUGGGGCUGUCUGAGGACGAGGAUGUGCUGUUUGUGGUGUUCUCCCAGGGCCAGAAGAACCGGUCCAACCCGCCUCGGGAAACGGUCCUGUGUCUCUUUACCCUGCAUCAGAUCAACCUGGCCAUGAGGGAGAGGAUCAAGUCGUGCUACCGAGGGGAAGGCAAGCUGUCCCUGCCCUGGCUGCUCAACAAGGAGCUACCCUGCAUCAACACGCCAAAGCAGAUUGGAGAUGAUUUCUGUGGGCUGGUGUUGAACCAGCCUUUGGGGGGUCUACGGGUGAUAGAGGGGACCCCUCUGUAUGACGACCGCGUAGAUGGCAUGGGAGCAGUAGCAGCCUACACCUAUGGAGACCACUCAGUGGUGUUUGUGGGAACCCGCAGCGGACACCUCAAAAAGAUCCGAGUGGAUGGCAUACCUCCCCCAUCCCAGAGUGCUUUGCUGUAUGAGACCGUUACAGUGGUUGAAGGGAAACCUAUUCUGCGUGACAUGGUAUUCAGCCCUGACUACCAAUACAUUUACCUGCUGAGUGACAAACAGGUGAGCAGGUUACCUGUGGAGAGCUGUGGCCAGUACACCACCUGCAAGACCUGUCUGGGCUCUGGAGAUCCCCACUGUGGAUGGUGUGUUCUUCACAAUAAGUGUUCCAGACAGGAGGCCUGUGAGAAGUGGGCCGAGCCGCAGCAUUUUAACACAGAGCUGGACCAGUGUGUGGACAUUAGUGUCACACCUAACAACAUAUCUGUGACCUCUACUUCCACCCAGCUGAGUGUGAAAGUGGUAAACGUGCCCAGCCUGUCAGCCGGGGUGACGUGUGUGUUUGAGGAGUUGACAGAGAGCCCAGGGGAGGUGCUGGCCAAGGGGCAGGUCCUCUGUAUGUCCCCCUCCCUCAGAGAUGUCCCCUCCUUCGCACAGGGAUACGGUGACAAGCGAGUGGUCAAGUUCUUCCUGAAGUCCAAGGAGACAGGGCACAAGUUCAUCACCACUGACUUCAUCUUCUACAACUGCAGCGUGCUCCAGUCGUGCACCUCCUGUGUGAGCAGCCCCUUCCCCUGCAACUGGUGUAAAUACCGCCACAUCUGCACCAACAACCUGGCAGAGUGCUCCUUCCAGGAGGGACGCGUCAGCAGCGUGGAGGGCUGUCCCCAGAUCCUGCCCACCAGUGACAUCCUGGUACCUGCAGGGAUCAUUCGGCCAAUCACGCUGCGAGCCCGGAACCUCCCUCAGCCUCAGUCUGGACAGAAGAACUAUGAGUGUGUGUUCAACAUCCAGGGCAAGAUGCAACGCAUCCCAGCUGUGCGCUUCAACAGCUCCUGUAUCCAAUGCCAGAACACCUCAUACUGGUAUGAUGGGGACGAGACGGGAGACCUGCCUGUUGACUUCUCUAUCGUCUGGGACGGAGACUUCUUCAUCGACAAGCCUUCCACCAUGAAAGCCCUGCUGUAUAAGUGUGAGGCCCAGAGGGACAGCUGUGGCUUGUGUCUGAAGGCCAGCACAGCGUUUGAGUGUGGCUGGUGCCUGGACAACAAGAAGUGUCUCCUGAAGCAGCACUGCCAGACGCCGGAGCAGAACUGGAUGCACCCCGGCAGGCACAACGUCCGCUGCAGCCACCCCCGCAUCACCAUGAUCCGCCCGUUGACGGGGCCCAAAGAGGGGGGCACGCGAGUGACGAUCGAGGGGGAGAACCUCGGGCUGCAGGUGCGGGAGAUCGCCCACGUCCAGGUGGCUGGGGUUCGCUGUAACCCUGUGCCCUCCGAGUACAUCAGCGCUGAGAGGAUCGUGUGUGACAUGGCCGAGGCGCUACUGCCCCACUCUCCAGGUGGCCCAGUGGAGCUGUGUAUCGGGGUGUGCAGUGCAGAGUACCGCACUCAGUCAUCCCAGACCUACUCCUUUGUGACCCCCAGCUUCAACCGUGUGCGCCCGGAGAAGGGCCCCGUGUCUGGGGGGACCAGGCUGACAAUAUCAGGCCGACAUCUGGACGCUGGGAGCACUGUCACUGUAUUCAUCGCCCAGGAGGAGUGUCUGUUUGUUAAGAGGACCAAAAGGGACAUUGUGUGUGUGACACCGUCGUCACUGUCUGGCUCAGGCCCCGCGUCAAUCAAGCUGUUAAUUGACAAAGCUGAAGUCACCAGCAGUGACACACGCUACAUCUACACAGAGGACCCCACCAUCUCCAGCAUCGAGCCCAGCUGGAGUAUAGUGAAUGGUAGCACCUUGAUCACCGUCACAGGUACCAACCUGCUCACCAUCCAGGAACCCAAAGUCCGUGCCAAGUAUGGAGGAAUAGAGACUACUAAUGUGUGCACUGUGGUUAAUGAUUCUGUGAUGACCUGUCUGGCCCCGGGCAUCAUUUACACCAAGCACCAGGCGCCAGAGUCAGGCCUGCACCCCGACGAGUACGGUUUCAUCCUGGAUCACGUGGCCGCACUGCUCGUCCUCAAUGGGACACCUUUCACCUACUACCCCAACCCCACCUUUGAAACACUAGGGAACUCUGGGAUACUGGAGGUCAAGCCUGGCUCUCCCAUUAUCCUCAAAGGAAAGAAUCUGAUUCCCCCUGCUCCGGGCAACACCCGCCUGAACUAUAGUGUGAUGAUUGGUGAAACUCCCUGUCUGUUAACCGUCUCGGAGUCUCAGCUGCUCUGUGAUUCGCCAGACCUGACCGGGGAGCAGAGAGUCCUGAUUGUGGUGGGUGGUCUGGAGUACUUCCCAGGCACCCUGCACAUCUACUCCGACAGCACCCUCACCCUGCCGGCCAUCAUCGGGAUCGGGGCGGGAGGAGGGGUGCUCCUCAUCGCCAUCAUCGCCGUACUUAUCGCCUACAAGAGGAAGACCCGGGACGCUGACCGCACCCUGAAACGCCUGCAGCUGCAGAUGGACAACCUGGAGUCCAGAGUGGCCCUGGAGUGUAAAGAAGCAUUCGCUGAGCUGCAGACAGACAUCCAGGAGCUGACCAAUGACAUGGACGGAGUGAAGAUCCCCUUCCUGGAGUAUCGCACCUACACCAUGAGAGUCAUGUUCCCCGGUAUCGAGGAGCACCCCGUCCUCAAGGAGCUGGAUUCCCCGGCCAAUGUGGAGAAAGCCCUGCGUCUGUUCAGCCAGCUGCUGCACAAUAAGAUGUUUCUGCUAACCUUCAUCCACACCCUGGAAGCCCAGAGGUCCUUCUCCAUGCGGGAUCGCGGCAACGUGGCCUCUCUGCUCAUGGCCGCGCUGCAGGGCCGCAUGGAGUAUGCCACCAUGGUGCUCAAACAGCUGCUGGCAGACCUCAUCGAGAAGAACCUUGAGAACCGCAACCAUCCCAAACUGCUGCUCCGACGGACAGAGUCUGUGGCAGAGAAGAUGCUCACCAACUGGUUUACGUUUCUGCUGCAUCGAUUCCUCAAGGAGUGUGCGGGCGAACCUCUGUUCAUGCUGUACUGUGCCAUCAAGCAGCAGAUGGAGAAGGGGCCUAUAGACUCCAUCACAGGAGAGGCGCGCUACUCCCUCAGUGAGGACAAACUCAUCAGACAGCAGAUUGACUACAAACAGCUGACUCUGAUGUGUAUCCCUCCGGAGGGAGAGGCAGGCACGGAGGUCCCGGUGAAGGUGCUGAACUGUGACACGGUCACUCAGGUGAAGGACAAGCUGCUGGACGCUGUAUACAAGGGCAUCCCCUACUCCCAGAGACCCCAGGCUGACGACAUGGACCUGGAGUGGCGACAAGGUAGACUGACCAGAAUUAUCCUUCAAGAUGAGGACGUCACCACAAAGAUUGAGAGUGACUGGAAAAGGCUCAACACCUUGGCCCACUAUCAGGUGACCGAUGGUUCUCUGGUAGCCUUGGUCCAGAAGCAAGUCUCAGCCUACAAUAUUGCUAACUCGUUUACCUUCACCCGCUCUCUGAGCCGCUAUGAAAGCCUCCUGAGGACGUCCAGCAGCCCAGAUAGCCUGCGCUCCCGUGCCCCCAUGAUCACCCCUGACCAGGAGACUGGCACCAAGCUCUGGCACCUGGUCAAGAACCACGAGCACGCUGACCAACGGGAGGGCGACCGCGGCAGCAAGAUGGUGUCUGAGAUCUAUCUCACCCGCCUACUGGCAACCAAGGGAACUCUGCAGAAGUUUGUAGAUGAUUUGUUUGAGACGGUGUUCAGCACGGCCCACCGCGGCAGUGCCCUCCCACUGGCCAUCAAGUAUAUGUUUGACUUCCUGGACGAGCAGGCCGACAGGAGGCAGAUCACUGACCCGGACGUCCGCCACACCUGGAAGAGCAACUGUCUGCCCCUGCGUUUCUGGGUGAAUGUGAUCAAGAACCCUCAGUUUGUGUUUGACAUCCACAAGAGCAGCAUUACGGAUGCCUGUCUGUCUGUGGUGGCCCAGACCUUCAUGGACUCCUGCUCUACAUCAGAGCACCGCCUGGGCAAGGACUCACCCUCCAACAAGCUGCUGUACGCUAAAGACAUCCCCAACUACAAGAGCUGGGUGGAGAGGUACUACAGAGAUAUCAGUAAGAUGCCUACCAUCAGUGACCAGGACAUGGAUGCCUAUCUGGUGGAGCAGUCUCGUCUCCAUGGCACCGAGUUCAACACUCUCAGUGCUCUCAGUGAGCUCUACUUCUACAUUAACAAGUACAAAGAGGAGAUUUUGACAGCACUGGACAGGGAUGGGUACUGCCGCAAACACAAGUUGCGACACAAACUGGAACAAGCCAUUAACCUUAUGUCGGGCAGCAGCUGAGGGCGGAGGAUGGAA